AUGGCUAGUUGUGGUGAUUUUAUUAAAAGUCAAUUUCCUUUAAUGGACGAAGAGUUAAAAAAAUAUGUUGAAGACAUAUUGGAUAAUAGCGCAGGUGAAUUUGAAGAUACCGAGGAAGUUUACGAAGCCGUAGGAGAAGUCUUACAAGGGAUUUCCGAAAAGUCUGAAGAAGAUAUAAGGGAAAUAUGUCAGCAAUUAUUGAGCAUGUUACAACCAGAAAAAUCAAAUAGUACUAAUGGUCCAAGGAAAAUAUUGAAUGAGCCAAUCCAUAUGGCAUCAAUGACUGUCAACACAAUUGAAACAGAAGACGUAAAAAGUAUAUGGCUGCCCAUAAGAGAUGAUAGCUUAAAAGUAGAUGCAAAAAAGCUUGAAAAAGCUGAGGCAAAAUUGCAACAAAAACAGCAGAAGCAAAAAGAUUCAAAACUUCCAAUUGCCGCUCCAGUGUUGCAAAGUGCAACAGCUUCACAAGUUACUUCCAAGAAAGAUAGCAAACUUGAGGCAAAAGGCACUAAUAGAACUCAAGAUAUAAGGAUAGAAAACUUUGAUAUUGCAUAUGGAGAUAGAGUAUUAUUACAAGGAGCAGAUUUAGUCCUCGCGUUUGGUAGACGAUAUGGUCUGGUCGGCCGUAAUGGUUUGGGCAAAACAACUUUACUUCGCAUGAUAGCCAGUAAACAACUGAAAAUACCAUCUCAUAUAUCCAUACUCCAUGUAGAACAAGAAGUAGUGGGAGAUGACACAAUAGCCCUACAGAGUGUUCUAGAAUGUGAUACAGUUAGAGAAAAUUUGUUACGGAGAGAAAAGGAAAUAACGGCUGCCAUUAAUAAUGGUUCAACUGACACAAACCUAUCAACAGAGCUAAGCGAAGUAUAUGCACAAUUAGAAAACAUAGAAGCGGACAAGGCACCGGCGAGAGCGUCGAUAAUUCUCAGUGGAUUAGGUUUCACACCGGAGAUGCAAGCAAGAGCGACCAGGACGUUCUCCGGUGGGUGGAGGAUGAGGCUGGCACUUGCUAGGGCGUUGUUCUCAAAACCAGACUUACUACUUCUCGACGAGCCUACUAACAUGUUGGACAUUAAAGCUAUCAUCUGGUUAGAAAAUUACUUACAAAAUUGGCCGACGACGCUUCUAGUCGUCUCUCACGACAGGAACUUCUUGGACACAGUACCCACGGAUAUAUUGCAUUUACAUACACAAAGGAUAGACACAUACAGGGGCAACUACGAGCAGUUCCACAAGACCAAGACGGAGAAGCACAAGAACCAGCAGCGCGAGUACGAGGCGCAGCAGCAGCACCGCGCGCACACGCAGGAGUUCAUCGACCGCUUCCGCUACAACGCCAACCGCGCCUCCUCCGUGCAGAGCAAGAUCAAGAUGCUGGACAAGUUACCAGAAUUAAAACCAGUAGAGAAAGAAAUAGAUGUAGUACUCCGGUUUCCAGAGACGGAACCUCUCUCCCCUCCCAUACUGCAGUUGAAUGAAGUCGGCUUCUACUAUUCCAAGGACAAAGUUAUAUUUUCAAAUGUCAACCUCGGAGCCACUCUCGAAUCUAGGAUAUGUAUAGUGGGUGACAAUGGUGCGGGUAAAACAACUUUAUUAAAAAUCAUAAUGGGCAUCCUCUCCCCCACGAGCGGCAUACGCAGCGUGCACCGCGGCCUCAAGUUCGGGUACUUCUCGCAACAUCACGUCGAUCAGCUGGAAAUGAACGUUAAUUCAGUUGAAUUACUACAGAGGAGUUAUCCAGGUAAAACGAUAGAAGAGUACAGAAGACAGCUGGGCAGUUUCGGCGUGAGCGGUGAUUUGGCGCUUCAGACUAUAGGGAGCCUGUCCGGAGGCCAGAAGUCCCGCGUCGCCUUCGCCAGCAUGUGUAUGGGCAACCCUAACUUCCUGGUACUCGACGAGCCGACCAACCAUCUGGAUAUAGAGACGAUAGAAGCGCUAGGGAAAGGGAUUAAUAAGUACACUGGUGGAGUAAUCCUAGUGUCGCACGACGAGCGCCUCAUCCGCGUGGUGUGCCGCGAGCUGUGGGUGUGCGGCGCCGGCGCCGUCGCCUCCAUAGAGGGCGGCUUCGACGAGUACCGCAAGAUCGUGGAGAGGGAGCUGGACGCACAGAACAAA